GGCCGAACCUGUCCCGGAGGGGGCGGACCCAACAACUCAGCCCACAUUGGCCCAUAACUUUUCGUGCGAACGGUCACCGAAGCCGGUUCACAUCUUUCUUCGUUCCUCUUCGGCUCUCCGCCCCCGGCGCGCCGUCGCCGCAAGAUCGAGAACGCCGCGUAUGAUGCGUCCCUCCAAGCGCAGCUCCAUCUUGACCGCAUUGCUCGGCCGUGGUCGCCGCACCUUCGCCGUCGCGUCCUCCGGCCGGAACCGCCGGCCCGUCUCGCCACUCGCACCGGACGAUUGUACCUUCCCUUUGCUUCUCAAGGAGGCCGCGGCCGAAGCCGCAGGGGCCUCGAGGCGCAGGAGCUCGAUCGAGGGCCAGAAGCUCCACGCGGGAGUCAUCAAGUUCGGUUUCUCCUCAUGCGUCUACGCCUCGACGGCUCUCGUUGACUUCUACUCCAAGGCCGGCGACCUGGCCUCUGCGCGCGUUGUCUUCGAUGCAAUGCCGCGCCGGACGCUGCCUUCCUGGACGGCCAUCAUGGUCGGGUACGCCAGGAAUGGAGAUAUGAGGUCGGCGGAAGAGGUCUUCUCGUUGAUGCCGGAAAAGGAUACCCCGGCUUACAAUGCCAUGAUUGAUGGGUUUGUGAAGGUCGGUGAUGUCCCCUCGGCACAGAAGGUUUUUGAUGCAAUGCCGGAGAGGAACGUUGUUUCUCGGACUUGCUUGAUGCAUGGUUAUUGCAUGGCGGGGAAUAUGGAGGCCGCUAGGGAGUUGUUUGAUGCGAUGCCACGAAGGCGGAAUUUGCACUCUUGGAAUGUGAUGAUCAGGGGCUACUGCCGGAACCAUGAGUCUGGGAAGGCACUGAAUCUUUUUAGAGAAUUGCAGUCUCAAUCAUGUCCAUUUGAGCCAAAUGAAGUGACACUCGUAAGUGUUAUCCCUGCAAUCACUGAUACUGGUGCCAUGGAUCUUGGACGGUGGGUGCAUGAGUUUGCUAGGAGAAAGGGAUUGGAUCGGAGGGCUAAUGUCGCCACAGCGCUAAUCGACAUGUAUUCGAAAUGUGGAAAUGCAAAUGAAGCUAUGCGAGUGUUUAACCAAUUGAAGCCUAAGGAAGUUACAUGUUGGAAUGCUAUAAUAAAUGGUCUUGCAGUGAAUGGCUAUCCCAGAGAGGCUCUUGGUUUGUUUGAGGAAAUGCGAAGAAAUGGGAUUUCCCCUAAUAGUGUGACCAUGAUUGGAGUUCUGUCAGCUUGUAGCCAUGGGGGGCUUGUAGAUGAAGGUAAGCAGUGGUUUCAGGAAAUGGAGGUGCUAGGGAUCAGCAAAAAGGUAGAGCAUUACGGAUGCAUGGUGGACCUUCUAGGACGCUGCGGGUAUUUGAGUGAAGCCAUGGAGUUGAUUGGAAAAAUGCCCUCUGGACCCAAUGGCAUAGUUUUAAGCUCACUGCUCUUUGCUUGUGCAUGCCAUGGUGCUGUAGAUAUGGCAGAGAGUGUUAUGAAGCGAGUGGUUGAGGUGGAGCCAAGGAACAUUGGGAAUUACAUAAUUAUGAGAAAUCUAUAUGCUGCAAAGAAUAUGUGGCAUGAUGCGCUGAACAUGAAAGAUAAGAUACAUAAGCUUGGGGGUAAAAAAGAGGCUGGAUGCAGUCUUGUUGAGAUUGGGACCAGUGUUUCGGAGUUUGUUUCUGGGGACAAGGCUCAUCCAGAGUGGGAGGUCAUAUGUGAAAUUACUGGGUGCCUUCAAUUGCAUAUGGGAGUUCCCACAGAGGAGGAUUUUGAUUUCACCGGACAUAUUAUCUGAGUAAAUCGUUGUGCUGACAUCGUAGGAGAGGAGACUGACCAAGCAUUUGUAUGAAAUAUUCUCUCUAGGGGUUCAGCUUUAUGUCUAUCUAUUGGAAACUAUGGUAGCAGACGCUGCAUAUUGCUACGCCAUGAUCCAGAAAACCAAUAAGGUGAAUGAUUCCUAUAGGAAUAAAGGAAUGGUAAUUCUAAUGGAGUAUAUAAAGGUGGCACUGCUUUCGUUGCAGCUUCAUGCAAGCUCAGUGGCGGAGGAGCCAAUGUGGCAAGGUAUGGCGGUUGCCAUACCUACGCACUGAAAUACUGAAUCG